ACUUCUUCCUCUUUACCGAUCGCAACCCUUUUCUUGAAACGUUCGUUCUAGGGAAUUUUUUUUCUCGUUUACCUUUUUUCUUUUCUCCUUUUUUUUUUCAUGUUCGUUUUUUCUUACACUAGUUUCCCGAGCACAUUUCUACCAGUUCGCAUAAACUAUGAUAUUAUUUCCUUAUGAAUGUAAUACGAUAUCGUAUCAUCGCGUUAUUGUAAAUAAUUGCAACAAUGUUAAUAUUAUGGGAAUAUCGACGAACGACGUAACCAACUUCAAAUCAUUCCUAGUUAGAUAUGUUUAUAUACGAGGUUAAUUUAAAAAGUUUGGAGGAUUCAUUCAUAGAUGGUGAUUAUGUAUAAAUGUCAUUACGUAUUAAAAAACAUUUAUUUUAGGUAUAACCUUAAAGUUUUGAAGUUGUUCCGUCGUUCGUAGUUUGUUUGAAAAACGAAAUUUGACUUUUGUCUGUCAUCGAAAUUAAAAAAAUUUAUUGGUGAUCAACGAUCGUUGUUAGAUGAUGAUAGCGAUAGUAAACAGUUAUUUUGAAAAACUUUAAGAAACAAAUUUGCAAGAUGGUAUAAAAGCACUAAAGUAUCGUGCAUGAUGUGCAUGGAGUUGACAAAGAUUAUUUUGAAAAAUAAAAGCAAUUGAAAACUCCUAAUAAUAUAUUUUCAUUCGAAUCAAAGAUUGGUUAUGUAUUUACAAAAGAUUCCAGAUACAAAAUCCUAAACAUCUUAAAGAAUUAAAAAUAUAUUUAAUUGAAGUUAAACUUAUUAAAUUUGAUAUCGAUAUUAAACAUUAUCUAUUACCUUGAAUUGACAUCUCUUCUUACAUGAAGAAAUACAUGUAAUAUUUAAGGUUUAUAAAUCCAAUGGAUACUCGGGAAGAUCAAAAUAUAUCAAAAGAUCAUGAAAAAAAAACAUUAAAAUGUGCCGAUCAAGCAGAAAUACUUCGGUCUUAUCAAAGGGAUAUAGAUUUUAUAUCACAAUUGCAAGAAAAGCUUUCCAAUUUAUUACAUGAUUUGAAGAAUUAUAGAACCUUAUCUCGAUAUCUAAUUUCUGAUAUCCCAGCUAGAUGGAUAUAUUUUGUUUUUACAUCUGGAAUGGGCAAUCAAACUUUAGGCGAAGAAUAUACUGGAAUUGUACAAGCUAAUCUUAAAAAUUAUAGUGUUCCAUCUUUAAAUGCAAGGAUUAUCAGUAUGAUUCUUGAAUAUUUUGGAGAAAGAACGUUAUUGAAAGGAUUGGACGUAUUACAAAGAUAUGUUAAUGAUCCUUGUAAUCAAUUAACAGAGCAGUCGGUUAAAUUGUUUAAUUGGAUUUUAACAACAUUACAGUCAAUAAUACCUUUACUUAUACUAAUUCAUAAAGGUUUUUUUUAUAUCUCUGGUAGAUAUUACAGUUUAGGUAAAAGAUUAACUAAAAUAGAUUAUGCAAAGGUUUAUGGUAGUUCAUCGAUGGAUAAAGUUAGCUGGGGUUUAAGGUUGCUUGGGAUUAUAACUUUAAUGCAAACUGUAUUAAGAAUAUGGCAAAAUGAAUCGCAGCAGAAGAAUAACGAAGAACUUAUAAAGUUAACAGAAACAGAUGUGCAUAAAAACUGUCAGUUGUGUACCGAAGCAAUAUCAACAACUGCAACUCCCUGUGGUCACACAUUUUGUUGGCCUUGCAUUAGUAAUUGGUUGCGUAAUAAACCACAAUGUCCCUUUUGUAGAGAAAAUGUUCCACCCCAAAGAAUAGUAUAUUUAAUGAAUCUAUAAUACAAUAUAUAAAUUAUAUAAAUUUUUAUAAAAUAUUUUGUUAUAAAAGUCGAAUUUUUGAUUUUUGCUUAUAAGUAAAUGACAUUAAAACAUUUUUUGUUUGUUUGUGAUAAAGCUGUAUUGUGCAGUAUACUGAAUAUUAAUAAAACUCGUUAAAAUGAGCAGAGAA